UUUUGUCAUGGCGGCAGAAGGCUCGGAUUCAGAAGACCUGAACACCAACGGGCUAAUGGAGGCUCCUUCAGCUCUGGAAGCCAUCGAGGCUGUCCAACUUCCAACAGAGAAGGAAGAGGCAUCAGAGGAGAAUGGUGGAGGAGGAGCCUCUGAGGCUCCAGAAGCAGCAGCUGCGACAUCAUACAACAUGCCUCUGGCAGAGAAUGAGGAGGAAGAAGACGGAGAGUUACCUGCGGACUUUGACCGACUCUGGAAGCUGGCCCAUGACAAUCCACAGGACUUCUCUAGCUGGACUGACCUACUGCAGUACUGUGAGCAAGAGAGUCACAUGACAGCGUCACGUCUGGCGCUGGUAGCCUUUCUGGCACGGUACCCACUGUGCUACGGAUACUGGAAGAAGUUUGCUGACCUGGAGCGACGUGCUGGCUACACCAACAAAGCUCAGGAGGUGUGUGUUCAGGGUCUGAAGGCCAUUCCCCUGAGUGUAGAUCUCUGGAUCCACUACAUUAACCUGCUACUGGGCACGCUCAACAUGAACCUGCCAGAGUCCUCUCAGCGCAUUCGCAGUGCAUUUGAGGAGGCGGUGACGGCAGCUGGACUAGACUUCCACUCUGACCGUCUGUGGGAGCUGUACAUCGAGUGGGAGAAGGAGCAGGGAGACAUGAAGGCUGCCACUGGAGUCUACGACAGAGUCCUCAGAGUCCCCACUCAGCUGUACAGCAGCCACUAUGAGAAAUUCAAGACUCAUCUUAAUGCCCAUGCGCCCAAGGACGUCCUCUCAGCAGUGGAGUAUGAGGGGUUGCUUGAGGAAUCUAAACAGAGCCACAAGACUGAGAAGUCUGAGUUGGCUGAGGGGGAAGAAGAGUUACCACCUGGGGAAGAGAAGGAACCUACAGAGGAAGAACUGAUUCCGAAAAUGCGAGAGCUCCUAUUGGCUCGAAGAGAGAAGGUGUACCAAGACCUGGAGGGAGAGGUCAGGAAGAGGUGGAACUUUGAGGAAGCUAUCAAGCGUCCAUAUUUCCACGUGAAGCCUCUGGACCGGACCCAGCUGAGGGCCUGGCACUCCUACCUGGACUGGGAGCUCACCGAGCUGGGGGGGGGCGGUGAAAAGGAGGUGAAGACCGAGACCGAACCAGAGGCCAUGGAGGGCCAGGAAGAGGAGCAAAAGGAGGAAAAGGAGGGGUCAAAGAGCAGUGAGAUCGUUGCCGGGGGAGACGGGAGGGUACGGAUCCUGUUUGAGCGCUGUCUGAUUGCCUGCGCUCUCUACGAGGAGUUCUGGACCAAGUAUGUUAAGUACCUGGAACCUCAGAGUCUGGACGAGGCGCGGGGACUGUUUCGGCGAGCCUGUGAGAUCCACCUGGCCCACAAGCACACCAUGCACCUGCAGUGGGCCACCUUCGAGGAGAGGCAUGGUGACCUAACAGAGGCACGGCGAGUGUUGGAGGCUCUGGAAACCUCAGUGCCGGGAUUGGCCAUGGUCCGGCUGCGCAGGGCGGGGCUAGAGAGACGGGCGGGCCGGCUAGAUGAAUCAGAAGCUCUGCUCAGGGACGCGGUGGCCCAGGCCAAAGAAACACCUCACCUCCAUGCGUUCUACUCCAUCAAACUGGCCCGGCUGCUGCUGAAGCUCUGCAAGAACCCCAGCAAGGCCCGGGGAGUCCUGCAGGAGGCGCUGGAGAUUAGCCCAGAUGACGGUAAGCUGCACCUGAACCUGCUGGAGCUGGAGGUGUCCGGUGACCCCAGAGGGUCGGCCGAGGGGGUGCAGCAGUGUGUGACGCGGGCGCUGGCCGCACCCCUCUCCCCACAGACCAAGAUCCUCUUCUCCCAGAGGGGCCUGCAGUACGCUGAGGACUAUGGGACCUCUGUGCAAAGUGUGCUAACAGUCUAUGAGGAGCAUCAGAAGCUACUGAAAGAGCUCGGCAACAAGAAGAGAGUGGCUGAGAACGGAGACAGUGAGGACCCAGAGAAGAUGAGUAAAGGAGAAGAUGGCUCUGCUGUGCCCGCUCCACCACAGGCCCCUCCCACAAUGCCCCAUGUCCCCAUGACGACACCACCUCCACCCAUGAUGGGUGGGGACAUGAAUGCGGUUCAUGCAGGCUAUGGAGGAUAUGGAAACUGGCAUCAGCAACCACAGUAUGGGGGAUACGGAGGCUACCAGCAAGCCUGGAACUACAAUCAGGGUUACUACCCUCCUAGCUAAGGGUGGAGAACUCCUGUGACACGCCAACUGACAGCAGGGGUUACCAGAGAUGAUUCAGCAUUGACGACCCAGUGUUCACGUGUUUAAACUCCAUUGAUGCACCCCAAAUGGCACAUUUAGCCCUAUAUAGUGCACUACCUUUGACAAGGGCCCAUAGAGCUCUGGUCAAAAGUUAGUGAACUUUGUAGGGAAUAGGGUGCAAACUCAUCUUUUAUCAGGAACAGGGGUGGGACCUGUGACGUCUACUACUUGUUUGGUCUUUGAAAAUGUGCUCUUGUACAUUGUUUUAAUGAUAAACUAUUUUUAUAUUCUCUUCUA